GUACCUACCUUAUACGGGUGACUAUCUAUAGAUAAUUAUACACAGCGAUGCUUCAGGAGUUUUCAAAAUGAAGUGGACACGGGUUAUGAAAGCGAUCAUGAAGAUUACAAAAAGGACCAACUCGUUCAAAUCUCAACGCAUUGCAACCGUCCCUGAAUACCUUCAUCGCCAUCUCUUUAAUACUGAUGUUCCGUCCACAUCAACGGCUCCCUCUUACCAUAUAGAAUUACCCACGUUGAGAUCAACCUCUCUUCAGGAGCACUUCAGGAUAAUCGCAAAGGAACUGACUGAGAAAUACAGGGAAUUGUUAGAUGCAGCAACGGCAAUUCCUCUGCAAGUUCCAAAGCCGGCUCAUUGGAGGUUUGAAACGGGAUGGACGAGAUAUGCUCACAGUGGUGUGGUGGAGAAGGUGGAUCAUCCUUGCGAGGACGUAUUCUUUUUUGACGUGGAGACUUGCGUGCAAGAUGGCCAGCUCGCCACUUUAGCGGUUGCCCUCUCUGAAGCAGCUUGGUAUUGCUGGUGCAGUGAUCGCCUUGUUAAUGACACACCCAUGCCAAAUGCUGUUCGUCUUGAGCAUCUCAUACCUCUUGGAGGCUCUGACCAAGCACGCAUUGUUAUUGGACACAAUGUUGGAUACGAUCGAGCGAGAGCGAGGGAACCUUACUUGCAAACGAAAACAGCCAUACGUUUCAUGGAUACCAUGUCAAUGACAAUUCCAAUGUUUGGCAUGGCCGAUCAUCAGGUGGUUACUUAUGAAACGGACGACUCGGAUUAUACCUUGCGGGAAAGGCGAUCUGAGCGUUGGCGAGAUGCAUGGGAUGAUCGAGUUUGUCGAAAUUCGCUGUUAGCAGUCCAUCAGCAUCUCUACCGUGAUGAGCAUCGCAUAACGAAAGAAGCGAAGAAAUACCAGGAAUUUUUCGUGAAAGAAGAUUUGAACAGUAUUCGACAGAAUUUCCAGGUGCUGGUCAACUACUGUGCUGAUGACAACUUAAUAUGUUCACAAAUUUUCAAAAAAUUGUGGCCUGAGUUUCAGAAAAGGUUUCCUCACCCGGCUACUCUCUAUGGUAUGCUCAACAUAGGGAAUGCAUAUCUGCCUAUUAAUGAGAAUUGGGAGAUUUUCUUCAAAAAAAACGAAAAGACUAGUGAUGAGACGAAAGAGGCUGGCGCUCGAGCUCUAAUCGCAUCCGCUAAGGAUAUAGUGAGUGUGCUGAAACCGGAUCCCGAUGGAGUUGUAGUAGAUGCAUGGCUUUUCGAUGCCGACUGGUCUACGAAGGGCAAUAAAGAAUUUCCUGAAUGGUUUUACAAGCUGUUUUCCAAACGUGGAAAUGUUUACCUAGAUUUUACCUCUCUAUCUUGUGAAGAUGUGGUCAUGAAAAGUACACUGGUACCUUUGAUAUUCGGAAUGACUUAUGGUCCAUAUCCGCUGCACAGAUCGCGCACGCUUGGUUGGGGAUAUCUGGCCCCGAACAAAGCAAAAAGUUUCGAUGCUGGUGAACAAAAUCAGAUACUCAAGACGUUGCAGCAGCAUGAGCAUAUCUGUGAAGUGAUUGCAAAUAAUGAGAGCGAAUUUGGUGAACUCACUCCUGUUGGUAGAGCUCACAACUUUGGAUCUCUACUCUUCUACCAGCUUACACAUCCGCUCGGUUCGCAGAAUGUUGGUGACCCUCUGGGCAAGCACUUCCUCCGACUAAUCGACUCAAAAGUGCUGCGUCCGACCAGAUAUACAGAUCAAUUCUUCGUUCUUCUGGAAGCUCUGAAAAGCACUAAGUUUUGGACCAAUUAUAAAAAACGUUACGAGUCUGAAAUUCCUGUUUGGUACAAUUCCACUGAAGGUUCGCGUGUUGGUGCCAUCGCUCCAGCUAUUGUUCCAUCUGGUACCGUCUCACGGAGAAGUGUCCACAAGCUAUGGGUUACUCUCACUAAUGAGUCUGGCACGAACAGAAUUGGAACAGGAAUAAAGAGCCUAGUGCAGGCUCCAGAGGGAAGUGUUCUUGUUGGCGCUGAUGUCGAUUCGCAAGAACAAUGGUUAGCUGGUCUAUUCGGAGAUGCAAGCCAUGCUGGAACACUUCCAGUAUCAGCGCGCCAUCCCGGGCUGACUCCAUUCAGUAACAUGAUGCUAGCUGGCUCCAAAGCUGAAGGUACUGAUCUUCAUACGGUGGUGGCAAACCAGCUACACAUCGACAGAGGACAAGCGAAGGCACUAAACUACGCCCGCAUGUAUGGUGCUGGAGAAGUGCACGCCAGCAAGACUUUGGCUCAGGCGGGGAUGGAAAGUAGUCGUGCGUAUCAAACUGCCAGAGAUCUUUUCAGAAUGACCAAGGGCACAGAGAGUUGCUGGAAAAUGUUGAAACGUGAAGCACAGCCAUUGCUGAGAGCAUUCGUUGAAGAAGAGAAAGUCUCGCCUGAUUAUCUCACUGUUGAUGGCAACUUCUAUGUACCCACUUACGAUAAUAAGCUGAAGGCUCUCACAACCAAAUUUGAACAGUGGGUGCUUUUGAAAGCGCAGGAAAAGGAUUCAAGUCUAUCUGAAGAGGCUAUAAUUACGUCGCUAUACGAAGAUUUUGCUAAUGAUGUUCGCCUUUUUAGCGGUGGAUAUGAGUCGGCCACAUUCAACUUCUUGGAGAUGCAGACGCAUCGUGACAUACUGCGCACGCCAGUGCUAGAUUGUCGACUGUCCGAUGCACUGUCUGCACUUCCGGAGGGCACUCCGGAUAGGGACCAAUUUGCUGCCAAAUACAAGCGAUCUGUGAUGAAUUGGCUUGUGCAAUCGUCAGCAGUUGACUUCUUGCAUUUGCUGCUGGUAUGUAUGGAAUGGCUUUGCAACGAGUACUGCAUUCCUGCCCGAUUUGUGAUCUCUAUACAUGAUGAGGUGCGCUAUCUAUGCCUGGAGGAAGAUGCUCCGAGGCUUGCUUUAGCUCUCAUGUUGAGCAACAUGUAUGUGCGCUCGUUCAUCUCGUCAAAGUUAGGUAUCGAACAGUUGCCGCAGUCAAUAGCUUUCUUCUCACAAGUGGAUUGCGAUAAAGUGUUGCGUAAGGAGGUACAUUUGCCGUGCUUCAAUGUCGAUGGUUCGAAAGUGCCUGACGGUGUGUCUUGGACGAUUGAGGAUCUCAUGCAGAUCACUGGUGGACGCCUCACUCGUGAUAUCUCACCACUGCAAGAACACCAAACCUGUACAUUGAAAGUAUAAUUCGUCAAUGAAUUUAUUUCUAAUCAUUCCAUUCGAUGUGCAUUUUUGUAUACAAAGGUCGAAGGCGAAGC